AUGAUCGUCGCAGAAUACUGGAGGGCGGACUUUCUCAUCUGGGUGCUCCCGUUCCUCCUAGCUCUGGGCGUGCUGUUGCUCUUAGCUCUUGCCGUUCUGUUCUACGCUCUGCGACUUUACGCGCGUUACACGUGCGGCGAGUACAAGGGGACGGAGAAGAUGGAAGGGAAGACUGUCAUCGUGACGGGCUGCACUAGCGGCAUUGGGAAGGAGACAGCCAGGGAGCUAGCUAAACGCGGGGCGAAGGUGAUCAUGGCCUGCAGGAACGUUGACGUGGCCGAGAGGAUCAAAAAGGAGCUCGUUGCCGAGACAAAUAACGCGAACAUCGUUGUGAAAGCGCUGGACCUCAGCUCCUUCUCGUCGAUCCGCGCCUUCGCCGACGACGUCAUCAAGUCGGAGACGCGCCUCGACGUGUUAAUCCACAACGCGGGCUACGCGGGGAGCUUCACGAAGAGGCGCUCGGUAGACGGCAUCGAGCUCACGAUGGCUACCAACCACUACGGGCCGUUCCUCCUCACGCACCUCCUUAUCAAGCUGCUGAAGAAGUCCACGCCGUCGAGGGUCGUCGUGGUGGCGUCGUCUUUGUACCGCAUCGGCUCUUUCGACGCCACCAAUCCUAAUCCGGUUGACUCUUUCCCCGCGUAUCUGUAUUACGUUUCAAAGGAAGCCAAUAUUCUGUUCACUAGGGAGCUGGCGCGGCGUCUGGACGGCACGGGCGUCACCGCCAACUGCCUUCAUCCAGGUCUCAUUGACACGGGCAUAUGGAGGUCGGUGCCCCGACCGCUCAGCUGGGCCCUGGCCCUGAUUAUAAAGGGCUUCUUUAAAACCCCCGCACAGGGUUGCCAGACUUCCGUCAUGCUCGCGGCGGACGACGGUCUGUUGAAGACGACCGGGAAGUACUUCUCCGAUUGCCGUGAGAGCGAGCUGUCCAGCAGCGCCAGCGAUAUGGCCAGAGCGAGGAAGCUUUGGGAGGUAUCGGAGAAGAUGGUCAAAUUGGAGGAGACCGAUCCCAGGAUU